GGCCGCUGUAUCGGCAAUACAACACCUGCAAUGUUUUGUAUAUUCAUAUUCAUUUUUUAUAAUGAAUAAAGAGUUUUUUACUUAUAAGUAGUGAUUAGUGGAUCGUGUAUAGUGCUGUGAUAUUUGUAAUGGAUGCAGAGAACGAGAUCGAAAAAAAGAGAAUCCGUGAUGCAAUUCAGAUGAUAGAGACGAUUCAGUCGAUGAUCGACGUUUCAGCGGACAGGCUCGAGGGGUUGAGGACACAAUGCUCAACCAGCGCAGAGCUGACGCAGCAGGAAAUCCGGACCCUGGAGGGUAAACUAGUAAAGCAUUUUUCGAGACAACUUGUAAUAAAAGCUCAGUUUGUGGAAGAAAUUCAGAGAGAACUAGGACAUGUCCCUAGUUUGAGGCAGUGGCUGCGCGUUGUGGGGCUCAGUAUUGAUGCUAUAGAGGCUGUAUUAUCCCGAGUGUCAUCACUGGAAACCCUGCGCGAAAGAACGGAACAUGAGCUGCGUGCGAUGUUGUGCGGAGCACGGGAUGAGGAGGUGCGACGACUGUGCAGAGCAAUGCAGAGGCUAAGAAGUUACACAGAGGCUUUAGCUCGUGGAGAUGGGGCAGUGGAGCUGCCGCUGUAUUGGGACUCGUGGGAGCGACACGGACGUGGCUCGCCUCGCGCGAGGGAUGAUCGUAAUUCCAACCAUAAAAAAGGAGGAAAAUCUCCAACAACACCGAUAAACAAACGUAAGCAGAAUGUCCACCUGCCCGCCCCAGCUGCGCUCACCAAGUCCCGGUCGCACGAGUCACAGCUCUCUGUCAAGCCAGAUACAUCAGAUCUUAGUGACAACAGCCAGUCGUCCGCAGUUGGCACGAUGGAAGGCAGUCCGCCCGCCUCCCCGCGCGACCCCGACCCCGAUCCCCCGCACGGAUACUAUAAUACGAACGCCACGUCGUGCUCGCCGCGCACGCCGACGGUGAGCGGCUGCAUGGCGCACGACAUCGCGCACCGCUUCACCAAGACUUUCAACAUGAUCGCCACCUGCGACUAUUGCGACAAGCAGAUGCUCUUCGGAUCUGGACUCAAGUGCAAGGAGUGCAAGUUCAAGUGCCACCGAGAUUGUGAAAGUAAAGUUCCUCCGUCGUGCGGAUUGCCCCCAGAAUUUGUCACGGCCUUCAAAGAAAAAUUUCAUAAAGAUGGCGGCCUGUACCUGCCGGCGGCCGGCGCCGCGCGCGCCGCGCUGCUGCCGUCGCUCACGCCGCACCGCCGCCGCCCGCCGCCCGCGCCGCACCACGCCGCCGGGCCCGACUCGUCGUCCAACACGUCGUCGUGCAACAGCUCCACGCCGUCGUCGCCCGCGCUGGCCGCGCCCGCCACGCCGCAGCCGCACGCGCACGCCCCGCACAACGCGCACCACGCGCACCACCCGCACCACCAGCAGCACCAGCACGCCGCCAAGCAGCAGUUCCACUUCCCGGAAGUGAAACCGCCGGUGUCCAGUCCGAACCACUCGUCCCAUGUUCAGUCGCCUGCGCGGUCUAUGGCCGACCACAAAGAAGAGCUCACCUCCAGCAUCAAAAGCGAGGGCUCGGGUCGCGUGUCGCUGAGCGGGUCGGGCUCCACCGACAGCGGGCGCCACGACUCCGCGCACGACGCGCGCUGGCCGCGGCAGAACAGCCUGACGAUGAAGGAGUGGGACAUCCCGUACGACGAGCUGAAGCUGUUCGAGAAGAUCGGCACGGGUCGGUUCGGCACCGUGUACCGCGGCAGCUGGCACGGCGCCGUGGCCGUCAAGCUGCUGCACGUCAACGCGCUCAGCGACCACUCCGUGCCGCUCGACACCUUCAAACACGAGGUGGCAACGUUCCGUAAAACGCGUCAUGAGAAUUUGGUGUUGUUCAUGGGCGCUUGCAUGAAGCCGCCGCGACUGGCGAUCGUGACGUCACUCUGCAAGGGCAUGACGCUGUACACGCACAUCCACCUGCGGAAGGACAAGUUCACCGCCAAUAAAAGCGUUAUUGUAGCGCAGCAAAUCUCACAGGGCAUGGGGUAUCUCCAUGCUAGAGGCAUCAUUCACAAGGACCUGAAGACGAAGAAUAUAUUUCUCGAGAAUGGGAAAGUGGUCAUCACCGACUUUGGACUCUUCAGUGUCACCAAAUUAUGCUUUGGCAACAAACGCAGCGCGCGCGGCGACAGCCUGGGCAUCCCGCCGGGCUGGCUGUGCUACCUCGCGCCCGAGCUGGUGCGCGCGCUGCGCCCGCACGCCUCGCUGCACCUGCCCUUCUCCAAGACCACCGACGUCUACGCCUUCGGAACCGUAUGGUACGAGUUGCUCUGCGGGGAGUACCCGUUCAAAGGACAACCACCGGAGGCCAUCAUCUGGCAGGUCGGCAAGGGCGUGAAGCAAUCGCUAGCCAAUAUGCAAGCGUCCAGAGACAUUAAGGACAUUCUAAUGCUGUGUUGGUCCUACCGAUCUACCGAGCGGCCAGACUUUCCGCACUUACUGUCAACGCUAGAAAAGCUCCCCCGAAAGCGACUGGCGCGCUCUCCCUCGCACCCCGUACACUUGUCUCGCUCUGCGGACUCAGUAUUCUGAGAAAGGCUAGUCGGCGCACUGUGCGUGCGGCCUUAAAAUGAUCUGUUGCCUCUUAAAUAGCGCCUUCUCGCUCACACGUGAUUCAUCCGUCUCGUUCUUAUUUUGUUACGAGACACCGAUGACAUAACGAGUUCGUACCUACAAAAGAUGCCACACGCUCUCCAAUACUCCGAGUCGACUAAUUUGCGGAGUUUUGUGAUUAUUUUUCUUACUAAAGCGUUUUAAAAUUAAUACCUCAUAUGUCUAUCCAUAAAAUAUUGCAAUGUGCAUUAUACAAUAUCAUUAUAAGUCCAAUAUUAUCGAUACUAUGAAUUAUAUUACGAAAGAGCAUAAAGUCCGAUAUUGUUAUCUCAUUCUAACAACAAAAAACCGUCUCGAUCGAAUUUCAUAUAAAUAAGUCACUAAAUCAUAUUGUAAUAUAAUAAAACAAAGUAUUUCUUAACAGCAGGGGCUCAAGUAAGUAAACGACAGUUCUAAUUGAGUCGAGAUUUAAAAUGCGGUCAAUAACAUAUGGUUUAUUUAAUUUAAUAAAAGUUUGGAUUGAUGCAAUUCUAAAUUAUAGUUUUUAUUACGAUCUUUCUACUGUAAAUUAUAUGUUAUCUGUUUUAUAAUUUUAAAAAAUCGGAAUACUCUGUUGUGUACAAUAUCUGGUGAUAAAAAAUCUCAUAAGGCAGAACGAAUCAUUCAAAUGAUGUCGUGAUCGAUGAAAAAUGAAAAGUAAUUUUAACUAUAUAAUUAUCGCACCGAUUAAUAUCAAAACAACUGCCUUAUAUAGACUAAAGCAAACGUGUAAUUUGAUGAACUAGUUUUUUAAAUUCUUAUUAAUUAUGGUUAUAUAUCGAAGGACUAUCAGUGUUGCCAUGAUCAUGGUAACUCGUGGUAACACUCGCGUUCGUAAUUAAAAUUUGAUGAUUUUAUAAAUCCUAGUUAAAUUAGUGAAUUGAAAUAAUUAAACGAUAAUAUUACUAAAUAUUUUUGUCUGCAGAUAAGCGAUGUAUUAAUGCCGAUGUAUAUAUUUAUACUUUGUCGAAGACUUGGUAUUCGAUACAUGUGAUGAAUAAAGAGAACCGCUUUAAAAUUACUGUAGAAUAUAGAGACAAAACUACGUCUACACUUGGCAGCUUUACAUUCUACUAUAUAUCCAUAGAGUUCGUCAAUAUUAUGAAUAUUUAAAACAUUAAAAUCACCAAAUUGUUAUAUUGUUACUGUUAGUGCAAAUGGUCUCGUGCAUUUUAAAACUGCAGAAAAACUCACGUUACGUUUUUAGUAAUGAAUUUAAUUCUAAUAUUAGUGUUAGUAUAUUUUUUUCCUCCAUGUAACUUUGAAGUAGAAAAAAUAAACAUUAACACUACUAAUCUAUAUAUUAUGUAUAAGUCAAUGAUCUGAUAAAAAUGAUAUGAACGCACACCCUGAACAUUCAUGGACUUAAAAUUUAUACGAUUAUAGAUAGUUUCGUUACAUAAUGUUGAGGUGUGCUUAAUUAAGAAAAUAUUUUGCAAUUUUUAUAUUUGAAGGGGAAUACGAUCUAGAAGGAAUUUAAAAGGUUUAAUGCCAACAUGUAAGGAUUCAAACAAUCCAAAUGAAGUUAUUCUUAUUAGUAUACUAAGAAAAAUAAAUGGUAAUACGAUUUGGGACAUAUUGUAUUGCUUGGAAAACGUCCUGAUAUAUUUAUUUUGAGAAUAGUGAUUAAUUUUUUAUUCUCUUCUGUAAAUUGCAUAUUUUUACAAUUGGCUCUUUGCACUAACAGCAGUAAUAUGUUUUAAUGUUUAUAUAUUUAAAAUAUAUAUAUACUAAUGUUUUAUUUAAAAUUCAUUUGAAACAGUUAAUUUUGAUGAACCGAGUAUAGACCAUAAGAUUAACGGCAUAAAAAUAACUUUGUAUAUAUAUUGUUGUAUGUAUAUUUAUAUGUUUAUUAUCAAUGAUAAUAAUUUACUUUUUAUUAUUAUAACAAUUAUCAUUACUUUGGCAUACAUUUUAUAUUUGAAAGAAAUCUUUAAAGGCUUGAAAAAGAAACUAGAACAUUUUUACAGGCUCCGUUGAAUAUGGCAUUAAUAAAUGUUUCUCUGCCAGUCCUAUAAUAUAAUAAAAAAGUAUAUAAUCUUUAUAUAUUUACUUUUCCAAAUAUUUCUUAUUAUAACAAAGCACGUUUAAAAUAAUAUAUCCUAAAGCUCAAGUGUGAAGGUAGCCAUGAAGUAUUGAUCUCUUGAUUUAACGAUAGAUUAUAUUUUCGUAUUUAAACGUGAAAGUUGACUGUUUAUUAAAAAAAAAAACUGUAAAUAUUGUAUAGUGUUACUGGUUUUGAUGUAGUGACUGCGUAUCAGAAUCGACUUUUAACCUAGACUUGUAAAUAUUAGUCAUUUUUUUAAUUGUAUUCUAUUAAAAUUAAAACAAAAAAUACAUUUAUAAAGGUAUUAAAAAUCUUCACAGUUAGUUAUAUUUAUUUUGCAGCGAAGUUGUAAUAAUUGCAUCAGUAUUGUAUAAUAAUUAAAAUGUUAAGGUUAUUCUUAUAAUCAAUUAUUAUUAUUAAAAAGGCUUUUCGUUUCUCGAGGUGAUUUUUCAAUGAUAUUUUUUGUCUCGUAUAUAAACUAUCACCCAUUAUUCUAUAGAAAUCUAAAUUUUACCAUUUCAGAUAAAUAAACAAAAAAAAAGAAGUUUUUUUUAUAUAUAUAAUUUUUAGGCAGAUUAAGUUUGAUGAUCAAAAUGUAAAUAAAACAAAAAAACAACAAACUAACUAUCGCCAAAUUCUUAGUGAUAUAAUUUGUUCGAAAAUAAUCAAAAAUCCUUCAAAAAGACUUAAGAAAAGUGUAUAGUGUACAAAAUAAUUGAUAAACCUUCAAUGAGACAGAUGACAUUUUAAUUUAAAAUAUAGUAUUUUUAUUAUCUUUUCAAUAAAUUACGUAACGACAAACGAAAUAGAUUUGUAUUUGUAUUAAAUUUAAUUUUGACAUUUUUUUAUUUGCAAUUUGCUUUGAAAUGUUACAUAAAAAUAAUGCCUUGAAAUACCUAAAUUGACUGACCGUUAUAACUUAAAUAUCUGUUGUAAUAUAUGUACAUUGUAGUAAUAAAAAAAUAUGUAAAUAAAAGAACAUUCCUUUGAGUAGUUCUUUCAAUAUUUCUUAAAUAGUGACAUUUUCUUAAGAUGCAUGGUCCUAUGACAGAGCUUGUUUAUUUUUAGUUUGUUUAUGGUUUAAUAAAAUGUUGCUAUUUCUUAAUAAAUAGUUAAAAAUUAAUGCUUAAAUUUAUUUAUAUUAUUUAAAGAGCUCUUAGGGAACUUAGGACUAUUGGUAUCUAUUGGGUAUCACUGUGUUACCAUUUAUGUAAAUUUCUAAAGAGGCUUGUCGUUAGGUCCAUUAUAGACUGAUUUUAACUGGAAAUCCAUCGAGGGUUUUAUGUGCCACUCACGUAUAAUAAAAAUCGCAUUUUACUAACUUCAUCUUAUGUACAUAUAGAGACCAUACAUUUUAAGUUCUAUCUUUAAAGUUAUUCUGUAAGACUAAAAUCAAAAUUCAAUAUUGGAUUUCAUAGGGAAAUAUUUAAAAAUAAUUCUUGCUUGUAUUGUUUUAACUUUUUCUUUUCAAUUUGUAAUAAAACUCAACAUUGAAUUUCAUUUUAUUCUUACUGAAUAGCCUUUCUGGUUUUAUUCUCAAAUUGUCUUGUUAAUGUUUCAAUUAAAUGCAACAAUUAUGUUAAUCGUUUCAAACGAAAUUACCUAUUUUGACAUGAAUUUGUGUAAAUUAAUAAUAUUAAACAGCCUUUUCAGCUCACUUUGUUAUUUUUAUUGUUUACUUAAUUUUAUUGAAUAUAAUAGACGAAAUUUAUUCUGGUCAGUAAACUCCUAUUAAUUCUAAAGUUAGUUAUAAAUGAGGUUCUGUAGUGACUGCCACAGUAUUUUGUAUAUAGUGCGAAUGUGGUGUGGCUUGAUCAGUUGUAUCUUAAUUAAUAUUUAUUUGGACGUGAAGUAAGGUGCAACUCUUUCUAUUGGCUUACUAAAAUCAAAAUGAUUGAAUUAGUUAUUUCAAUGUGUGGAAUUAGUUAUUUUCAUCAUCAAAUGAGAAUAUUUUUUUGUUAUAUUAUUCAUAUUUUUCUUUGAAACCUAUACAAUAUUUUCAUCUAGAAAAUUAAUUUCAUGAAAAAUUAAGUUUUAAAAUAGAAUUUUAAAUAGAAAUAUAUCAUGCACUAUACGAAACAUUUUUAUAAUUAGACUUCUAAAGCCAAUAUAAACAGUUGUACCAUUGUACAGAUGGAUUUGGAUAACAGUUGUAGUUACAUAUGUAUUGAGAUUUCUAUUGAUUAGGUUAGUUGCAUUUGCCAAAAUAAAUCUUCAUCACUGUU